AUGAGAGAUCCUGUUGACACAGCGGCUGCCAUGGCUUACCAUCCUUUCCAAGCUCACCGACCGGGUGCCUUGACCUUGUCAGCCUUCUUUUCCGCCGCUCAGCCCUCGUUUGUCCCUGCGGCUCUGGCUUUCCCAGACGUCAUCCCCCGUUUGGAGCCUGCGCCGGAGCGGGCUGCCCCUGACGCGGCGCUGCGCGCUGCUCUGGGCCGCCAGCAGCAGCCGGUUCACCCGCGCGCCUUGAAAAGUGUGCAGACGGAAGAAUGGCUCGACGAUGACCCGAAAGUCACACUGGAAUCAAAUCAUUUAUGGAAAGAAUUUCACAAAAUGGGAACGGAGAUGGUUAUAACCAAAUCAGGAAGGAGGAUGUUCCCAGCUUUCAAAGUGCGGGUAAACGGGCUGGUUGAAACAGCGAAGUACAUCCUGCUGAUGGACAUCGUCGCUGUUGAUGAAUUUCGCUACAAGUUCCACAACUCCCGCUGGGUGGUGGCUGGAAAAGCUGACCCGGAGAUGCCAAAGCGCAUGUACAUCCACCCGGACAGCCCGUCCAAAGGAGAGCAGUGGAUGAGCAAGCCCGUCGCCUUUCAUAAAUUCAAACUCACAAAUAAUAUUUCGGACAAGCAUGGAUUUACAAUUUUGAAUUCAAUGCAUAAAUACCAACCCAGAUUCCAUAUUGUGAGGGCCAACGACAUAAUGAAGCUUCCGUACAGCACCUUCCGGACUUACGUUUUCCCGGAGACGGAGUUCAUCGCAGUCACAGCGUAUCAGAAUGGAAAGAUUACACAGCUUAAAAUCGACAACAACCCCUUUGCCAAAGGAUUCAGAGACACAGGAAAUGGAAAACGAGAAAAAAGGUAUAAGCCUUUCACUAUUUCGUCAAUGCAUGAGACCGAAAGCAAAGCGGACCGGGACUGUGCUGAUUCUGAUGACUCAUGUGAACAUCCCAGUACCAGUGAUCCUUUUUAUUCCCCUGUGGAGCUGGUGAGCAGCCCUCUGAUGUCCACGCCAACCUGUCAAGAUGAGAACAAUAUUGGAAGUGAUUCAGAUGUUGACCUACAAGAUAAGGACAUUGUUGAAGCCAGCUGUUCCAGGACUGAACACGUGUCUACUUUGAGUCAGAGGAGCGAGGAGAUGCUGUGGAACGAGGCUGCUCACAGUAAGAGCGACGACAAUCAGGAUACGACAAAAGAGAGAACAAUCUUUAGAUCAUCAGAUGAUAUGUGCUCUACAGAGUGUGAUUCUUCAAAAAGGCCCACGAGCGAAACCAAUGAUGGGGUCCUGCCUAUGAUGUUGCAAACACAGAGCUCAUCGUCCCUCAGUGCCGGUCACCUUCAGACUUUGGAUUUCUCGAGUGUGCACAGCCAACAGUUUCUUAAGCUUGGGGCACCUUUGCUGUUUCACCCGGGACAGUUGUCAGUUAAGCCGGAGGGUACGGGACAUCUGUUGUCUUCUUUGCCUGGAGUAGAAAACGGAGGCCUGUCUUCUCAAAGCAUCACCUCUCCAUCUCCCUUCAUGUUUCACCACAUGCUGGCAUCUCAGGGAAUCUCACUGUCACCCUUCGGCGGACCUUUCUCCUAUCCGUACGGCUACAUGGCAGCACCAGCUCUCCCCACCUGUUCGGCAACCUCCACGCUGGCCACAAACCACUGUUUCCGCAGCUCUCGGCCUUGGUUGUGUUUCAGCCCUUAUCAGAUCCCCAACUCUGUCAACGCAAGCCAAAACCUGUUCGCAACCAGACCGCCUAGCGGUCCAAGCUCCCAAUCUAAGGUUUCCAAAUCAGGGAGCAGACAGUCAAGUCCAGUGUCUUACAAUCAAAGUCACAAAACCAAAGCCAAGCAGAAGACUACUUCACCAAAACUCAUUAAGUGUUCAGUUAAUGAACUGCAAAACACACAUAAUCCAGUUCCAGGACUUGAUGAACGACUUCCUCCACAAUAGACUCUAUGUUUGUUUGUGAUCCUUCAAGUGGUGGAUGCUGGGUAACAGACAAGUUUCCGUAGUUCCACAUAAUCACCUAAAAUAAAUAUUUUGUCAGAAACGGCAUGUGUUGCUGCUUUUGUCAUUAUAUCAUCAGUAAACCUGCCUCAUAAACAUUGAUUUGAUGAUUUGCAGGACAAAAGACACUGCUUUAUGUUAACUCAUUAUAUUUAGGCCUACUAUAUACCAGUGUGAGGCAGGUUUCUCACUACAGGUUUAAAUAUACUAAUUUUAAUGUUUUCGUUAUAAUGUAAUCACAGUCUUAUAAUCCCACACAACAGUUAUACGCAACGUAGACGUCUUAAAUUACUUUUUUAAGUCAAAUAUAGCCCAGUUUUAACAUAGACAUCAUGGUGUCUUUUGAUUUGCAAAAAGACCAAAUUACUGUUGUGACAUUUACUGGAAGUUC